GUAAAAUGGCGUGGUCGUUUCGCUGGGAGAGUGAAUACGGGCCAAGAACAUGUUUAUACGACGUCACUAGCGCGUCGGGCUUGACAUGUAAAUAAUAAACGAGAGGUAUAGUCGAUUAAAAACUGGCGCGUGCCUGUUUGUCUUUGCCGAGUUGACUUUACUGAGUGUUCGAUGAUAUUCCGGUGAUACGUUUCUGACAGCAUGUCCGCAAUGGCCGAUGAGUCCGCUCCGCUGCCGAAGAGGCGCCAAUUGAGGGAAAGAACCAGAAAAUUGUACACUGAUGACUGGACCUUAGGGGACGAGGAAAUUGAAGGACGCAGAACUUUCCAGCUCGACGAGAAAAUCGAAUGCGAGAGAUAUGACCUGAAUAACUUCAGUGGCCUCUUUCGUGAGAUGACUGGACCGGAGCUGAAUCUUAUGUAUUUACAGAAAUAUGGUCUGCAGAUACCAUUACUGUUCAAGGAAAAGUCAGGAUUGGGACUACGAGUACCCAGCUCCAAUUUUUCUAUCAACGAUGUCAGAACUUGCGUUGGUUCUAAGAGAAUAUUGGAUGUUAUGGAUGUUAAUACUCAAAAGAACGAAGAUAUGACAAUGAAAGAAUGGCAAAAGUAUUAUGAAGAUUCUAACAAGGAGCGUCUAUUGAAUGUGAUUUCCUUAGAAUUCAGUCAUACCAAGUUGGAGAAUUAUGUACAGUCACCUGCAUUAGUGCGACAAGUCGAUUGGGUAGAUGUGGUAUGGCCAAGACAUUUAAAAGAUGCUCAAGUGGAAUCUACAAAUCUUUUAGAAGACAUGAUGUAUCCAAAAGUGCAAAAAUAUUGUUUAAUGUCUGUGAAAGGUUGUUAUACUGAUUUUCAUGUUGAUUUUGGUGGUACAAGUGUAUGGUAUCACAUUCUACGUGGUGGAAAAAUAUUUUGGCUGAUUCCACCAACUGAGAAAAACUUAUCUCUUUAUCAAGAAUGGGUGUUAAGUGGUAAACAGUCAGAUGUAUUUUUCGGUGAUAUGGUCGAUAGAUGUGGCAGGAUAAGUCUAACAGCUGGUAUGACGCUAUUCAUACCAACUGGUUGGAUACACGCAGUAUACACUCCUCAGGAUUCUUUAGUUUUUGGUGGAAACUUUCUCCAUAGUUUUGGCAUAGAGAAGCAAUUGAAAGUGGCACAAGUGGAAGAGCACACAAAAGUGCCACAGAAAUUUCGGUAUCCAUUUUUCACAGAAAUGUUAUGGUAUGUCCUUGAAAGAUAUGUGCAUGUGCUUUUGGGUAGAACUCAUUUAGAAAUAUCCGAAUCGCAACGACAACACUCAGUUCCACAACAGCCUCAGCACAUACACGUCACGCCGUUUGAAUUGCAUGGUUUGAAAGCGAUAGUUAUGUAUUUACAUUCACUGCCGUCGACAAAGAAGAACGUCCCGGAAUUGAUACGCGAUCCGGUCGCUCUCAUUCACGAUGUACGGUGUUUGGUAGAACAGCAUAGGAAUGAUAAUCCAGAAGCGGCCGUGACGGGCAAUCCUGUAUUACCGCCACCACCACCCUUGACUAUUGCAGAUAGGGAACGCAUGAGAGUAACCAGAAAAGGUUUUGUAAAAAUGCAGAGACAUCACUCAGAGAAAUCCGAGAGAGCGUUUCCACGCAGAAGACGUACUAGGUGCAAGAAGUGCGAAGCGUGCACUAGACAGGAUUGUCGUGAAUGCGUUUAUUGCCAAGACAUGGUGAAAUUCGGGGGUAGCGGCCGUGCCAAACAAACGUGUUUAAUGCGCCAGUGCCUGAGGCCCAUGCUGCCCGUUACAUCAUCCUGUAAAGUCUGUCAGUUGGAUGGUUGGAAACAACCUCCGGCACCAUUAAUGGGUAAACCUGUUCCGACAGCACCAUCUAGCUUAAUGGAAUGUUCAUUAUGUUUUGACAUCGUGCAUCCAGAAUGUAUAGGUUUGGAUUUAGAGGAAAUAACGGUAAAUGACGAUUUGCCAAACAGUUGGGAGUGUCCUCAAUGUUGUGAACGUGGUCGAAACUUGGAUUAUCGGCCACGUCAGCCGAAGAAUCGGCAACGAAAAUUAUCAGUAUCUAGUGCAGCUUCCUCGGCACCUACUACAGAUUCCGAACGAGCUAUGACACCGAGUAAACGGUUAAGGCCUGAUCCCACAGAGGCAUGGAACGAUUCGCCUGGGGAACCAGCCGAAGGUGAACAAAGAAUGUCUCAGCAGCGCAUCCAACUGGCUAUGCAGUUGAUUGCUUCGAGUAGUAGACCUUUGGUAAGGCCACACGUAGUAGUCAGGCCGGCACCGGCACCACCACCUAUCCAGGAAAUGGAUAGUGAACCAACCAACCAACAGAAUUCAGUGUUCAACAAAACAGCGAUGAUUGCGGUAUUUCGAUUGCUUGGCAUAAAGGAUCUGCUUAAUUGUGCCUUGGUCUGCCGUACUUGGGCGAGAUAUAGUAUAGAUCCUGAUCUAUGGAAGAAGAUCAACAUGUCACACUAUAAUCUAAGAUCCAUACACUUGACCGCCAUUAUCCGACGACAACCAGAAAGCCUCUCGCUUGAUUGGACCAACAUCAAUAAGAUGCAAUUAGCUUGGCUAUUGAGUAGGCUACCGCAAUUACGAACAUUAUCCCUUCAAGGUUGCACUUGGGCCGGUAUUCGAGCUUUGAAAAGCUGCAGCUGUCCACCUUUAGAAACACUUAACCUGAGUUACGUUACUUCUUUGAAUGAUGCUGUUCUGCAAGAAGUUUUAGAUUCACCGACAGAUUCAAGACCUGGUCUCAUCGAUAAGACAUCGCGAUUAAAACAUCUCAAAAAUCUGUCUUUGGCUGGAUGUGAUCUCACCGAUCGAGGAGUGAAAUACAUAAUUCAACAUUUGUCAGAUCUCGAGACUUUGGAUCUUUCUUCAAUCGGUAGACUCACUGAUUCCGGCGUAGCGCAAUUGACAUUGUUGCCAAACUUAGCAUCGUUAAACCUGGCAAACUGCAAAUUACUCACGGAAAUGACUCUCGAUCACUUGGCGAGAUGUAAGGCACUUAAACGCCUGGAUUUGCGACAUACUACUCAAGUAUCGACGCAAGCCGUCAUCAAAUUCGCCGCUAAGAGUGAACAUAAUUUGCAUGUGACGGACGUUAAAUUGGUGGAAGAGAAAAAGAUCAAAACCGAGUUUACAGAUACGUGAAAGAACGCAGCGCUCACAAACAAACUGUUGUUUAGUGCAAUCUGGUUAUCGUCGCGUAGAGAUAUCGUUUGAAAAUUUAAAGCCAUAAUAGUACAUCAUGCUACAAUCAGCGAUUAUUUAUUUUACAUAAAGAAAUCUGUAAGUAUCAUGCGUGUUACAAUAGAUAUAUAAAAGACCUGAUACAGAAUUUUAUUUGAAUAACACAGUUUUAUUUUGCUGAGAUCAAAUAAAUGCAAGAACAAAUUCUUCGUGACUUAAACUUCUUUUUAAUAUUCA